CCAAUUCGAUGUCUAAUAGAAGUGAUGAAAGGGGGCUGGAUGCGGUGGCUCACGCCUGUAAUCCCAGUACUUUGGGAAGCCAAGGCGGGUGGAUCACGAGGUCAAGAGAUCGAAGACCAUCCUGGUCAACAAGGCAUCGUUGACAUUUACAGAUGUGGCUAUGGAAUUCUCUCUGGAGGAGUGGAAUGCCUGGACAAAGCACAGCAGAAUUUAUAUAAAAAUGUGAUGUUAGAGAACUACAGAAACCUGGUCUUCCUCGGUUUUAUUGUCUCUAAGCCAGACCUAAUUACCUGUCUGGAGAAAGAAAAAGAGCCCUGGAAUAUGAAGCAACAUGAAAUGGUGGAUGAACCCCCAGUUAUGUGUUCUCACUUUGUCAAAGAACUUUCGCCAGAGCAAAAUAUAAAAGAUUCUUUCCAAAAAGUGAUACUGAGGAGAUACAAUAAAUGUGGAGAUGAUAACUUACAAUUAAGGAAAGGCUGCAGAAGUGUGGAUGAGUGUAAACUGCACAGAGGAGAUUAUAGUCGACUUGAUCAAUGUUUGCCAACUACUCAGAGCAGAAGGUUUCAAUGUCAUACAUAUGUGGAAGUCUGUCAUACAUUUUCAAACUCAAAUAGACAUAAAAUAAGACAUACAGGAAAGAAACUUUUCAAUUGUAAAGAAUGUGGCAAAUCAUUUUGCAUGCUCUCCCUACUAACUCAACAUAAAAGAAUUCAAAUUGGAGAGAAACCCUACAAAUAUGAAGAAUGUGGCAAAGCCUUUAAUGAGUUGUCAAACCUUACUGCACAUAAGAUGAUUCAUACUGGAGAGAAACGCUACAAAUGUGAAGAAUGUGGCAAAGCAUUUAACCAGUCUUCAAUCCUUACUAGACAUAAAAGAAUUCAUACAGGAGAGAAAUCCUACAAAUGUGAAAAAUGUGGCAAAGCCUUUAACCGUUUCUCAACCCUUACUACACAUAAGAGAAUUCAUACUGGAGAGAAACCCUACAAAUGUGAAGAAUGUCACAAAGUCUUUACCCUUCCCUCAACCCUUAAUAAACAUAAGAUAAUUCAUACUGAAGGAAAACCCUACAAAUGUGAAGAAUGUGGCAAAGCCUUUAAUGAGUCCUCAAAGCUUACUGCACAUAAGAUAAUUCAUACUGGAGAGAAACCCUACAAAUGUGAAGAAUGUCACAAAGCCUUUAAUCUGUCCUCAACCCUCACUGCACAUAAGAUAAUUCAUACUGGAGGAAAAUCCUACAAAUGUGAAGAAUGUGGCAAAGCCUUUAACCAGUCCUCAAACCUCACUAUGCAUAAGAGAAUACAUGGUAGAGAGAAACCCUAAAAGUGUGAAGAAUAUGGCAAAAAUUUUAACCAAUUCUCAACCUUUACUAAACAUAAGAUAAUUUAUACUGGAGAGAAAUCCUACAAAUGUGUUAAAUGUGGCAAAGCCUUUAACCAGUCCUCAACUUUUGCUAAAAAUGAAAAUUCACAUGGAAAAUGAACCCUGCUAAUGUGAAGAAUGUGAUGAAUGCUUUAACGAGUUCUCAACCCUUAGCUCACAUAAUACUGGAGAUGAACUGUACAAGUGUGAAGAAUGAAGCAAAGCCUUUUACAAGUCCUCAGUUCUUAACAGACAUAAUUCAUCCUGGAGAGAAACUCUGCAAACCUGAAAGAGGUGACAAUGCUUUUAACAACACCUCAGACCUUUCCAAACAUAAAAGUAAUCAUACUGGUACAAAACCCUGGAAAUGUGAAGAAUGUGACAAAUCCUUUAAAUGGUUUCCACACUUGAUUGUAGGUAAGAUAAUUUUGACUGAGGAACUCCAAGUGUAAAGAAUGUGGCAAAACUUUUUUUUUUUUUAAAUGGGGUCUCACCCUGUCACUCAGGCCACAGUGCAGUGGCGUGAUCUUGGCCAACUGCAAUCUGCACCUCCCAGGUUCAAGUGAUUCUCCUGCCUCAGCCUCCCCAAGUAGCUGGGAUUACAGGUACCUGCCACAAUGUCUGGCUGAUUUUGGUGUUUUUAGUAGAGAUGGGGUUUCACCAUGUUGGCCAGGCUUAGUCUUAAACUUCUUACCUCAAUUGAUCCACCUGCUUCGGCCUCCCAAAGUACUGGGAUUAAAGGUGGGAACCACCAUGCCUGUGGCAUAACUUCAGCAGUGUUCACACCUUAUUGCACAGGAAAGCAUUUGCACUUGAGAAAAUGUGUACAAAUAUUAAGAAUGGAAAAGCCAUUAAUAUCUGCUUAUAUCUUACUCAACAUCAAAAAGCUUAUAUUUUUUUUUGAGAUGGAGUUUUGCUCUGUUUCCCAGGCUAGAGGGCAGUGGUGUGAUCUUGGCCCACUGCAACAUCUGCCUCCUGGAUCCUAGCAAUUCUCCUGCCUCAGCCUCCUGAGUAGCUAAGAUUACAGGCAUGCCUUACCAUGCCUGGCUAAUUUUUGUAUUUUUAGUAUAGAUGUGGUUUCCCCGUGUUGGUAAGGCUGGUCUCAAACUGCUGACCUUGUGAUGCACCUGCCUCAGCCUCCCAAAGUGCUGGGACUGCAGGCAUGAGCCACUGUGCCAGGUCAAGAGUUUAUACUUAAUAAAACAUUUUAAGUGCAAUUACUAUCA